AUGGAUCAGCAAGAAGAAACAAUCGAACAAAUCAACAAAAAAAGAAGAAAACAAUCAACAUUUACUUUUCCUCUCGAUCUAAUCUCAGAGAUACUCUCAAAGUUGCCGGCAAAAUCUGUUGGCAGGUUUCGUUGUGUUUCAAAGCUCUGGUCAUCAAUCACCACCGCUCCGUACUUCAUCAACAAGUUCGAAACUCAAUCCAGACAAAAGAAGCCAAGUCUUCUUGUCACCUUCAAAAAAGGUGACAGGUUGUUUGUUUUCUCGAUUCCACAAGACCGCCAGUCUUCAAACGAACCUCAUACGAUUCCUUCUCAGCCUGUUCACAGUUAUCAUAUGACAUACCCUAAAUCACGUCGCUUCUUUCCUAGGGCAUCUGUCCACGGCUUGAUCUGCUGCUUUCAAAAAGCAAAAAAACUCAUAAUCUGGAACCCUACAACGAGAAAGUUGUACACCCUAACCAAACCCGAAAAAAGAUGGAAGUAUGCAACAUUUUUAUUAGGAUAUGAUCCAACUGAUGCUAAAUACAAAGUUUUGUGCAUUCGUUUUGGUGAAACCACUGACGAGGGUUGUGUUUUAACAUUGGGAUCAGCUCAAGAAUCAUGGAGAAGGAUCAAAACCAACCAUAAGCAUUAUGUUUACACUUACCCUGCCUAUGUAUGCACUAACGGCUUUAUUUACUAUACAGCAUAUGCUGACAAGACAGAUAGAAUUGGGUUUAUAAUGAGCUUUGAUGUCAGAUCUGAAAAGUUCCGUAUGAUAAAAUAUCCGUGGAAUGCUUAUUGGUAUUUUUCUGUACUCACAUAUCAGGGAAUGCUCGCUUGUCUUAGAAGUAAUAUUCCAGGUCAUAGCAUAACAUUGUGGAUUUUACAGGAUGCAGAGAAACAUGUUUGGUCUCCUAAAAACUUUCUUGUGCCCUUUCAUUACUAUGAUCAGAGUUUGAAACUAGUGUGCAACUUAAUUGGUAUCACGGAUGCAGGCGAGAUUGUUUAUGUACCAGAAAGGUGUUACAAAUCGUUUUAUGUUAUAUAUUAUGAUUCGGAGAGAAACAAGUUCCACAGAGUUGAGUAUAAAGGAAUCGCAGACGAUGAAUCAAGGCUCAAGAAUGGACUUGUAAGAAGUCGUCUGUUUAAUAUCCCUAUUGUCAGGAAUCACAUGGAGAGUCUCAUGUCUUUUUAA